AUGGAUCCUCCUCUUGCCCAGCAAAACCCGACUUUCGUCACAAACAUCUUUCCACACCUUCGCAACCUUGAUCUCAUAUGGAAUAGUGAAUGCCGUUAUGUACGAUUUAGAAUUACCUGCGAUACGUCCGAUAGUGGUACAAUCAGCAUCAUGGAAGGCCAUCUAGUCAAUCGCGCACUUGCAGAAAGAGUAGGAUUUGAAAGAACGAUGGAAAAUAUAGAUACUGAAUGCAGCUUAACAAUGGCGAGCGUGAUAUUUGAUGAAUAUGGUCAACUGCAACAAAAGUGGUUCUUUGGGACUCGUAAGGGCUCAGGCAUUUGGGAUGCUCGUAUAAACAUUGGUAAUUUUCUUAUGAUUAAUUUCGUGGAAGUUGAAGAGCAGUAUCGUCGCAGAGGUUUUGCAAAGCACAUGGUUUCUGCAUUUCUAUCUAGGAUAAGAGGCUUCAGAAUCGGCAUCUCAUACGUUUUCACAUAUGUAGGAGAACUGGACGGGGCAGCGAGAAGAGAUGCGAUUGCGUUUUGGAGAGCAAUAGGUUUCAAAAGAAUUGGACUGUCGCAUGUAUUUUGUUUUGCAAUGUCAAUGGACGACAAAUCGAAGAUGCCCGAUGCGGAAAUAGAGGAGGCAGAAAGAGAUAUAUAUGAUUCUGAAGCUUCAUAUUCCACAGAUUAUGAGUUUUCUUCUCCAGCGAAAAGUGAUGAAGAUGAACAAUUGCCCCAGCCGCAUACACUUGGGGAAUUGAACGAGCUUGACGAGCCCCAGCGGCCGCCCUCUGAUGAAGAUAAUGCAUUGGAACAUUCCAACAGCCCAAGUCCAGCCAUCGAUGAAGGAACUCCAGUGGUGGAGCUGUUCAGCCCAAAUGUCCAAAGUUCACACACUAGUGUCGAAGAGCCGAAUAUGAGCACAGAAAAUUCGACAGGAAAUUCUUGUCAGGGGGAUGAUAAUGAAGAUAGGGAGGAUAUAUUCCACUCCUCGCCAUCGGAGGAUUCGAAUUCUCGUUUCCGAGGCUGCUGCGGAUUACCGUCAUGGUUUAAUGGAACAUAG